CUGAGCGCCGCCGCCGCCGCGGCCGCCGCCGCCGCCGCAGCCGCCGCCGCCGCCUCCGCGCAGCACCACCAGCUGGCCGCGCCGCCUCCGCCGCCCCCGGGGCCCACCGUGCCGCCGCCGCCGCCGCCGCCGCCGCCACCGCCGCCCCCGCUGGUGCCCAGCCCGCUCUUCGCGCUGCCCACGCUCAACUUCACCGUCUCUCAGGUGGCGGCCGUCUGCGAGACGCUCGAGGAGUCGGGCGACAUCGAGAGGCUGGCGCGCUUCCUGUGGUCGCUGCCGGUGGCGCACCCGGAUAUGGGGGCGCUCAACCGCUCGGAGGCCGUGCUGCGCGCCAGGGCCAUCGUGUCCUUCCACGCCGGCAACUUCAGAGACCUGUACGCCAUCCUUGAGCAGCACAAGUUCGCCAGGGAGUCCCACGGCAAGCUGCAGGCCAUGUGGCUCGAGGCGCACUACCAAGAGGCGGAGAAGCUGCGCGGCCGUCCCCUGGGGCCCGUCGACAAGUACCGCGUGCGCAAGAAGUUCCCGCUGCCCAGGACCAUCUGGGACGGCGAGCAGAAGACGCACUGCUUCAAGGAGCGCACGCGGAGCCUGCUGCGCGAGUGGUACCUGCAAGACCCGUACCCCAACCCCACCAAGAAGCGCGAGCUGGCGCAGGCCACGGGACUCACGCCCACGCAAGUGGGCAACUGGUUCAAGAACCGGCGCCAGAGGGACCGCGCCGCUGCAGCCAAGAACAGACCCUGCCUCCGAUCAUCCUCGUGGAGCGAUAGUCAGCCGGCGCCCCCCGUCAGAUCUUGCCAGACUCGAAUAGAGGACGCCGCGGAACCCUUUCGCAUACAUAGCCACGAGGGAGCAGAAGAUACUCGUUGGAGGAUGCAGCAGCAGCAGCUGGCGGCGCAGCUGUCGUCUGCGCACGCACACGCGCACGCGCACGCGCACGGCGGCGGCCACGUCCCCGGCCACGGAGCGGCCCGCCGUUCGUCCGCCCCCGCGCGCGCCGACAGCCCGGCCGCCGCCUCCACGUCGUCCGACUCGAGCAUCUCACUGGGCACGCACUCGCCGCCGCCGCCGCCGCCGCUGCACCGGCCCUUCUCGCAGCGCAACCUCGUGUUGCACCCUGGGUCUUCGUUCUCAACUCGACGGAAAAAGGAGAAAGAUUAUAAUUCUGUAUUGUUAUGUGUAGCAGCAGCAGCAGCAGCGGCGGCGGCGGUUUGA